AACUUCACCUGAUGAGAUGGUUCCUGAGCCCUGUGGUUGCAUUUGGUAGAUGGGUAAGUGCUAAUCAUGUGGGCAGUGCAAAUGGCACAGGACAUAGUAGAGUGAACUCCAUGUGCAAAGCCGCCUAUGGCACUAAGGGACCGUUGGCCAGUGUGAGCUGACAUAAAAGGAGCUAAGAGGAAGCUGGUAGAAUGACGUUUUUCAUCACUUUUUUCUCCCACAGACUCCCUCAUACUCUACCAAAGUGACGCUCAGUUUGGUUACGUGAUUCCUGUGUGCCGGCUGUGAUGAUACCGUAAGGACUCUGUUUGAAGUACAUACUGACAUUGCCACUUCACGGAUGAGAAAGUGAAGCAUAAGUUUGGGGUUCAGCGUUGAGACCAGUUUGGAGGUGGAAUUGAGAAGGAAAAUGGAUUCUUAUAUCUCAACAGAGAACUCAACUCUUGCUGUUAAUAUGAAUGAGACUUUGUCUGCAACGUUGACUCAUGGAUUUAAUUCCACCAAUGAGCCACCUUCAAUGUCAAUAACGAGGCUUUUCCCAGCCUUGCUAGAAUGCUUUGGCAUAGUCCUCUGUGGCUACAUAGCAGGGAGGGCCAACAUCAUAACAUCAACCCAGGCCAAAGGACUGGGAAAUUUCGUCUCCAGAUUUGCCCUUCCAGCUUUAUUAUUCAAAAACAUGGUCGUGCUUAACUUUUCCAAUGUGGAUUGGGCUUUUCUAUAUAGUAUCUUAAUUGGCAAAGCCUCUGUAUUUUUCACUGUAUGUGUGUUAACCUUAUUGGUUGCCAGUCCCGAGAGUCGAUUUAGCAAAGCUGGACUCUUCCCUAUUUUUGCUACACAAAGUAAUGACUUUGCACUGGGAUACCCUAUAGUUGAAGCUCUGUAUCAAACUACGUACCCAGAAUAUCUCCAGUACAUUUACUUGGUGGCACCAAUAUCUCUUAUGAUGUUAAACCCUAUAGGGUUUAUCUUCUGUGAAAUCCAGAAGUCGAAAGACUCUCAAAGUGCUUCUCAAAAUAAAGUGAAGAUUGUGGGACUUGGGUUUCUACGUGUGCUACAGAACCCCAUCGUAUUUAUGGUCUUUGUUGGCAUUGCCUUCAAUUUUAUUCUUGAUAAAAAGAUCCCUGUAUAUAUGGAAAAUUUUCUUGAUGGACUUGCAAAUUCCUUCUCUGGAUCAGCCCUGUUUUACCUUGGUCUGACAAUGGUAGGAAAAAUAAAGCGACUGAAGAAGUCGGCAUUUGUUGUACUUACUCUUCUCAUCACAGCGAAACUCCUGGUGCUGCCCCUUCUGUGCAGAGAGAUGGUGGAGCUCCUGGACGAGGGCGGCAGCGUGGGGAACCGCACCAGCCUGGCAAAUUACGCGUUUCUCUACGGCGUCUUCCCUGUAGCCCCGGGAGUGGCCAUCUUUGCCACACAGUUCAACAUGGAAGUAGAGAUUAUAACCUCAGGGAUGGUCAUAAGUACAUUUGUGUCUGCUCCAAUCAUGUAUGUCUCUGCCUGGUUACUGACCUUCCCCACCAUGGACGCUAAGCCAUUGGCAUAUGCCAUUCAGAACGUUAGCUUUGAUAUAAGUAUCAUCAGUCUGGUGUCCUUGGUCUGGUCUCUGGCUAUUCUCCUCUUCAGUAAGAAGUUCAAGCAGCUUCCGCACAUGCUCACAACUAAUCUACUCAUCGCUCAGUCUAUUGUUUGUGCUGGAAUGAUGAUAUGGAAUUUCGUUAAAGAAAAAAAUUUUGUUGGACAAAUUUUGGUGUUUGUCCUGUUGUACGGCUCUCUGUACAGCACCUAUCUAUGGACAGGCCUUCUAGCAGUUUCUUUGUUUCUUUUAAAAAAGCGUGAGAGUAUACAGAUCCCCGUGGGAAUCAUCAUCAUAUCUGGCUGGGGCAUACCCACGCUCCUUGUUGGUGUGUUGCUGGUAACUGGAAAACACAGUGGAGACAGCAUCGACUCAGCCUUCUUUUAUGGAAAAGAGCAGAUGAUCACUACAGCAGUCACCCUGUUCUGCAGCAUUCUGAUAGCUGGUGUGUCACUCAUGUGCAUGAACCGUACCACCCAAGCUGGCCACUAUGAAGGUUUCGGCCAAUCUCAGAACCACAAACCAGUAGAGCCUGGAAGCACUAUGUUUGAGGAGAGCCCGGCACCGACAAAUGAACCAGAACUCUUCCCGAGUUCCAUUCCAGAAACAAGUUGCUGCUCUUGCUCCUUGGGAAAUGGUGGAGUACACUGUUCAUCAGUAGAGCCAGCGACAAACACAAGUGCCAGUGAGCCGAUGUCUUCUUCCUUUGAGAAAACCGACCACUGUGUGAGUCGCUGCGAGUCCCAGAGCUGCGUCCUGGCCCAGGAAGAAGAGCAGCAUCUGCAGAGUGGAGACCCGCAGCUGACGCGGCACGUCCUGCUGUGUUUGCUCCUCAUCAUUGGCUUGUUUGCUAAUCUCUCUAGUUGUUUGUGGUGGCUGUUCAACCACGAGACUGGACGACUCUACGUUGAGUUGCAGUUCUUCUGUGCUGUGUUUAACUUUGGCCAGGGAUUUAUUUCCUUUGGAAUCUUUGGGUUGGACAAACAUUUAAUCAUCCUACCGUUCAAAAGAAGGCUUGGAUUUCUGUGGAACAAUAAAGAAACAGCAGAAAACAGAGAAUCGCCUGUUUCUGAGGAAAUAAAAAUGACCUGUCAACAAUUUGUGCACUAUCACCGUGACCUGUGCAUCCGAAACAUCGUCAGAGAAAGAAGGUGUGGCACGAAGACUUCCGCCGGGACCUUCUGUGGCUGUGACCUGGUGAACUGGCUGAUUGAAGUCGGCCUCGCUUCUGACCGUGGAGAAGCUGUGAUCUACGGAGACAGACUGGUGCAAGGCGGGGUCAUCCAGCACAUCACCAAUGAAUACUCGUUUCGGGACGAGUACUUGUUUUACAGAUUUCUUCAAAGGAGCCCUGAACAGAGUCCUGCUGCUGUCACUGGAAGCAACCCCCAGCAGGAAAGCUACAAAGAAAUCAGCCACUCCUCUCCAUCCUCACUCUCCCCCAAGACUUAAAUUACGCAGGAGAGAGCCCCACGUGGACUCGCACCCUCUGGCCUCACAUCUGGUACUUCUAGCUGCAGGACCUUGGGCAGGUUACCUUUCUGAGCCUUGGUCAUCUCUUCUGUAAAAUGACAAACGCACUCCUACCCCAUACUGACAUGCUAUAACUUUAUGUGUAUAUAAAGCACACAGGAAACUGACAGGAGAAAACCCGAAGUUAAAAG